AUGCCUAGAGAUAGAUUAAAAGAAUUGAGGGUGAGUCAUCACAAACAGAAAUUGAUUCAUGAUUUUGUGAAAUUCAGGAAAAAGCGGGCAUACCAAACACAUCACCUCCAGCAACGUCUACAAUCAGAAAGCCUUUGUCGAAUCAAGAUCCGGCUACUCAGCCGCUUAUCGAUCAAGAUGCCGACUUUGAAAUGGUGAAUUUAUCGAUUUUCUGCGCCAGCCUACACAUGCGGCUACACCAAAUUCUGGCAAUACCGGCAAAUUUUCAAAAAAUCAGAAUUUUAAAUCGUUUUGUGGCUAAAAAAAUAUUCUCAAAAGAGAAUUGCCUGUUUACAGGCCCAGAGUGCGAUGACACUAUUAUAGGGGCACCGGACAGAAAGGGCGCGCUGUUCGCAAUCUGGCCGAAUUUCUAGGCCGCGAAGUAAUUUUCCACUGAAAAUGUGGCCUAAUUUUUCAAACUCGGCCCCAAGGUCGCUAAAUUUGCACUGCAAAAAGAGUUUCUCAACAGAGCGCCAUUUCUGUUCGGUGCCCCUAUAAUGGAAAACGUAGAAUGACCCGAUCUGUGUGUUGAAUGGCAGUAUCAGGGCCGCUUGAACCGGGUCUUGGGGCCGUCCGGGCCUUUGAGCCACUUCAGCCGGGAAUUUCCAGCUUUCUUUAUGCUUAGCGUGCAAAAAAUGAUCUCGUUAAACUUGCGGUUCUCGAGACUAAAGAGACGGAAGAUGCCACUUUUCUCUAAAACCAAGACAAUUUUCAAAAUUCUGAUACACAUGCACAUGGCAGUUUUUCAGUUCCUCGAGCGAUGCACGAACCUUCGUGGCGGGCUUAAGAGCUUGGAGGAAGACUAUGAUGCGAUCCGCAAACUUCACGGAUUACUGCUCUCAACGCCUGGAGCGGACGCCGGUAUAUAGAUCACAAGACGCUGCGCUUCACUGAAAGGUUUCAUUACAGACAAUUCGGUCAAACUGAACAACCACGUGGAAAUGUUUCUCGCAAAAGCGAACCAAGUGCGGAACAGCUACAAAAGUAAGUUGGAGAAUCAAAAAAAUGGAAUGGUCAGGCCGGAAUUUCAGUUUUACACAACGAGACGAAAGAUCUGCCGGUGAAAACGUGUGGAGUGGCACGAAUCAAGACCGAGCAAGUUCGAUCGAUAUUCAAGACCUUUGAGACGAUCACGGUGAAAUUCAAUAAGGAACAGGAAGAGUACAAAGAGAAAGCGAAAACCAAAAUUAUGGAUUAUCUGAAAAUUCGUAAGCAUUAACCGAAAUUUAACAGUUUUCAAAAGUCCAUGUGUACCUUUCAGGAAAUAUGCAACUGAGCGAGGAAGAGAUCGAAGACGCGGUUUCGUCCGGAAACUUGUCCGAGCUGACGAAAGGCGUUAUGCUUGCUUUGAGCGAGAAAAAAGCUCUGUACGACGAUGUGAAGUCUCGGGCGAACGAGCUCAAACUUCUGGAGGGUCAGAUGGCGGAGCUUGCACAAAUAUUCCACGACGUGCACAUUUUGAUCGUCCAACAGGUAUUAUUUCUCACAAAUAUUGCCUAUAAAGCAGCGGAGGGUCGGCCCGAUUCCUCUCCGGCGCUUCGCUUUCCGCUUUUAUUUCUUUUCACAUUUCUCCAGUUGUGACGUAUUGAUUUCAGGGCGAAAUGAUGGAUAGUAUCGAGAACAGUGUGAAGAAUGCGACGGAUUACGCGCAGAAAGCUCGUGGAAACGUGGAAGAAGCACGUCGCCUGCAGAAGAGAGCCCGCAAAAUGAAAGUGUGCAUCAUCAUCGCCUCGAUCAUCAUCCUCCUGAUCGUCCUCAUGUUCUUCCAAGCUGCCAUAUGCCAUUUCACUCCAAUCUGCUAA